AAAGCCCACUCAGAAAACUUGAAAAGCCCAAGCUAUAAACUCAUUCUACUCUCUUACAAAUACCCAGACAUGUACAACAGCAGCAGCUUUUGUUAACUCGUUGCAUCUCCCAGCUCUCAUCUUCAGUCUCGCUUCUCAGGCAAUUCAGUAGGCAUAUUUGUGGUUUGUUGAUAUUUAUGGAGGUCGACGAGAUCGACGUGCUUGGAUCUCAGGCCCUCGCUACUGCUGAUGCCUGCUUUCAGGCUGCUCUCCACCAAACUCGAGCUUGGAAGAAACAAGCAAGGGAGCACAAGAAGGCUACCAAGGCCUUAAAGGCGAGAUUGAAGGACCUCCGGAUCAAGCACAUGGAGCAGGAGGAGCUCCUAAGGAAGACUCAAGCGGAGUUGGUUGAGGCGAGGGAAGAUAGGGAAACUAUCAUAGAUAAAUACAUGGAUUCAGAGGCCUUUCAACAGCUCUUGGUCCAGCAUGACGACCUCCUCUAUCGGAAGUACUAUAACGAUGGGUGGAAUGAUGCACUUAAGGAGGUGAACAGGCGACAUCCAGGAUUAUUCAAUCCUAAGGUUGACUUUCCUUGUCCUUUAGAUCUUAUUCCCGCCACUCAGCCGACUUCGGGGGGUGGUCAGUCCCCGCGCUUUGCUGCUGAUCCGAGGAUCCUUAGCUCGACUCGUUCCCUGCUUCGAGGUGAGCCUUCGGAGGCUUCAGAUGAUAAGACCUCAUUUUAGAUCAGAUUUCUCCAUGGCCCUGCAUGGCCUUAUUUAUUUAGACUUUUGUUUGUAAAAUCUUUGACUUUAACAUUAAUCGUAUUUUAUUUGGUUUCCUCA